AUAUCCAUUAUGCCACGGAAAAGAAAGUCCAGUUAUGCAAAUACUCCACAUGCACAAAAGAUGAGGCUUCGUCGUCAAUCUGAAAGCUGUGAUGCAAGGGAAGAACGACUUUCAAGACAACGUGAGAUUCAAAAUGCUAAACGUUCUGCAUUACUGUAUGACAAAAAUGACCCAUGUAACAAGGCUGCAAUUGGAGAAAUGACCAAACUUUGUCAGUGUGGCGCUAAGAAAUUUACUGGAGAAUCACUAGGAAUGUGCUGUGGAAAUGGAAAGGUUACACUGGAUCAAUUUCCACCUCUGCCUCAGUUAUUUGAAGAACUGUUCACCGGGGAAACUCAAUUCAGCAAACACUUUUUGUCAAGACUCAGGGAUAACAACUCUCUGUUUGCCAUGACCAGCUUUGGUCACAAAGAUGCAUCUGUCCAAGGUUGGAAUCCAUCUGUAAAAAUCCAAGGUCAAAUUUACCAUCAACUUGGGUCACUGAUGCCUCCUGAAGAUAUAAGAGCAAGAUACAUUCAAGUUUACUUUUUGAACACUUUGGAAGAUCAACUGAGAGCAAGAGGAGAGCAUCAAAACUUGAAUGCUGAUAUAUUGGAGAGAAUUACAGCCUGGUUAAAUGAAAAUAAUCAUUAUAAGGGAAUAUUUGGUACUUUGCAAGCAUGGCUGUACACCAUUGAGUACCAGAAGAGAGGUUUACCCCAUGCACACUUUCUUUUCUGGAUAGCUCCAGAGCACAAAAUCAAAGCCGAAGAAUAUGAUUUGGCAAUUUCUGCAGAAAUCCCUAAAAAAGAGCAAGAUAAAGAACUCCAUGAUCUGGUCAUGAAACACAUGAUCCAUGGCCCAUAUGAUCCCCUAAAUGAAGGAUCUCCAU